CAUGGCAACAGGUCACAAACGCAGCACUGCGAUAUUCUGCUCGACUCAGUGCACCUCAUUCCGUCUUCACUAGUUGUCAUAUUCUUAAAUUGACAUUCUAAUGAUGGAAGAAGAUAAGAUGGCUGAGGAAGCCUGCGAAAAGUUGGAUUUUCCUGGAAAUAAAGACGCCGAAAUCGGAGCGUCCAUGCAGAAGAGGCCGCCUGGUGUUGAAGAACAACCUCCAAAGUUUUGCAGCCCUGGGAGAAUUUCCAAACUAGAGAUAGUUUUGCUGGAAUUAGUUACUGACAUUCAAGCUGCAGCUGACGCCAAAGAAUCCAAUCGAAGGGAAGAGCUGGAGGAAGCUCGCAGGACACGAACAGAGCUGUUGGAGAAGAAAAUCAUGUCCAGCCAGGAGAAGUUUGAGGAGAUCUCUGUCAGGUGGACUUCAGCCGAGCAGGUUGUUGUCCCUCAAGAACUUCAAGAAGCCUUAAACCAGCAACAGCUCUUGUGUGCGGAACUCAUCGAGGACAAGUGGAAAGUUAUCAAAGACCUGCAGCAGGAGUUGAAGCGUGGAGACGAUCUUUACGUGAAGGACUUGAGGAGGCAGGCCGAGGAGUUGGAUUUGAUGAUGCGACGCUCCGAAGAAGUCAUCACUACUCUGACACGGGCCUACAGGGAGGAGCUGGAUCACAUUGAGAGCAUCUACCAGCAGGAACAUGAUGUCUUGCUCACAAAAGACCAAACAGAAUGGGAGAAGAGCCUCAAAGAGGUGUGGCUCCAGCAGCAAGAGAGGCUGACGCUGAGGAAAAAGACAAUGGAGGAGUAUGAAGCUAGAAUUCAUGAACUGAUGAUGGAUCUGGAAUAUAAGUACAAUGUCAAUAGGGCCGAACACUUUGCUGAGUUUCAGGCUCUGGAGAGGGAACAUCAGCAAAUCCUGGCCGACAGCAUGAUCAGCAAUGUCAACUACAUCAAAGACAAGCAUGACAGAGAGACUUACAACUUAACCGACAUGAAGAGUAGAAUCCUCAGUUUGAAGACAGCACUCAAGAACCUGAAAAGCACCUAUACCAUCAGCAAAAAACAGUCAGAGGAGCAGAGCAGUUGCCUGUCCAAUGACUAUAAACAUAGCAUCGAGCAAUACCAUCGUGUGCAGCUGAAAAUCAGGCACUUUGCUGUUGCUGAUGCCAAACAAUUUGAGGAAAUGUGGCGAAUGCUUGACAAGGAGGUGAGGCAACAAGCGGAGAAGGCUUUGCUCAUUGACUCCAUCAUUUACAAGCAGCACCUCGGCUUAGACUGGGCAAGACCACCAGGGGCCUCUGCCUUUGAUUUGUCAGGUCCAGACAACCCCCAAACACAACCCGGCCCUGAACAGGGUGGGGCUGGGAUGGAUGGGGCAGCUGCAGCAUCAGAGGAGGAGAAGGUGCCCUUGGAGACCAUGAAGGAACUCAUGGAGCUGCUGUGUGAUGAGUUGGACUUCCUCACGGAAGACAGACUCCAGCUGUUGGAAACCUUGGAUGAAAAGGAACAGAAUGUUUUGAAGCUGGAGGGUUUUCUACAUGUUUUUGGCAUGGAAGAGGAGGAUAUAGCCAAAUUGGCUGACUUCCUGCUCAAGUACCAGCAGAAGCAGCCAGCCGAGGUGGGCCAUUCUUCUGGUUUAGUUGAAUCAGGUGAUGAGUCACAGGGACCUGCCCCCAGCUCAGCAUAUCAUCCUAACAACAUUUUACCUGCGCUAAAAGACUUCCUGAAGCAACACAGGCUCUUCAGAAGGAGCCACGCUUCUGGGCAGCCUCGGUACUGGAGUGCAGACAUGUGGGAUUCCUCAUCCGACAAGGCCUACUGGGAGAGUUUGAGCAAAGUCAUUACCGAGGACAAACUCAAAGUGUGGGACGCAGCAGAUAUCAUACUGAAAAAGCACAUGACAGUUCUUACCAAGAUCUCAGAUUGCAUCCUUGAAAUUAAGAGCCUUGAAGAGCAGAAUGCAGAACUUCUCAUGCUGCUGCAGCAAUCUGUCAAUUAAGGAGUAUAAGUAUUUGUUUGUUCUUAUAUACCUUUUUUGUUGGUGUGAACAUCGUAUAGACAUGCAGUUGAAGCCAGAAGUUUACAUACACUGACAUACAUUUCAUUUUGUCUCACUGUCUGAAGUCAAAUCAAACUAAACCUCUCCUGUUUCGUGUCAGUCAGGAUUACCAAAAUUAUUUAAUUUUGUUCAAUGCUACAAUAAUGAAAGAGAAUUUCUUAGAGAAUUGUACGUUAUUUUCUUCAUGGUCAGAGGUUUACAUGAAUUUCCUUCGUAUUACGUAGCAUUUCCUUUGAACUGCAUGCCUUGGGUCAAACAUUUUGGGUAACCUCCCACAAGCUUUUGACAGUACUCUGCUUUGAUCCUGGCCCAUUUGUCCUGACAGAACUUAUGAAGCUGAGUCAGGUUUUUCUGUUGCUUUGCUUGCAGACGCUUUUUCAGAUAUGCCCCCAAAUUUUCGAUGGGAUUCAGAUCAGGGUUUAUGAUGGGCACUCUAAAACAUUGACUUUAUCAUCAAGCACUUUUUAUCCAUUUAGGCAGUAUGCGCAGUGCCAAUGUCCAUUUGGAAGACUCAUUUGCACCCACGUUUUGGCUUCCUUGCUGAUGUAUGGAGAUGUUACCUUAAUAUCCCAAUGUAAUAUAAUUUCUUCAUGAUGCCAUCUCUUAUGAAGAGUUCUACUGCUAUAGCAAAAAAGCCCACAUCAUGAUGCUGCCACCUUCAUGGUUCACAGUUGUGGUCUCCUUCCUAAGUGGUGUGAUGCCAGGACAUUCCCAUGAUGUUUACACUUUCCGGUAAUUGAACAGAUGAACGAGCACCUCCAACCAUGUGGAAAUUGCACGCAAGGAUGAGCCAGACUUGUGGAAUGCCAGAAUUCUUUCUCUGAUUUACUGUCAGAUUACUUUUGAUUUUCCCAUGAUUUCAAAGAAGGAAUCAAGAGUAUUUGAGGUGUAGCCUUAAAUGCAUCCCCAGCUGUGUCAUCAAUUAACUCAAACGUCCAGCAUUCCUGCGAUGCUUGUGAGGAUAAGCGGCUAAGAAAAUGGAUAGUUUGUGUGCGGUGUGGUUAGUGUAGUGUCAUCUUUUUCCAUCGAAGACUGUCUUCGACAGCUUCCUCUCUAACACCAAGUGCCCUCAUGUCUUCCCUCACUUGUUGCCAGACAUGGGUAUAUGUAUGUAUUGUUCUCGCCACAGCAUGUCAUCUGAGUACUCAUAUUUGUUUGGCGGAGUUUUUACACAGGGCGGGGUCAAGGACAUUUCUUCCGGGUCUGGCUGUGAAAGUUGUAUCCAGAUAAUGUGUGGAUUUAAAGAAAGUUCAUUUUCUAUUUUUUUUCAAUUAAUGUCCAAAUUAUAUGUAAUAAUAAUAUUACUUCAGAUUGGAGGGUUUAUUGUACAUAUAAAUUUUGGACAAAGUCCUCCUUUAAUGUAGCUGGUGUCACUGAAACUGAAACUCUAGAUAUUCAUGUAGAGCUCGACACACAAUAAUCCUAACAUGCAAUCUUUGUCACCAGUGAUGUAGGCGCUUUGACAUGGAAGCAGUACAUAUGCAGUAUUAAAAAAUAAUAAAACUUCAUUGUAUAGAUUUUUUUUUCAAUUUGCUGAUUAAUCUGAGUUUAUCAUAUUAAAUAAUGUCAUCUUGUUUUAUUUCCUUAGUAAAAUAGAGUAUUUAUCCAACCAUUUUCUUUGCCACUUAUCCUCACAAGGGUCGCGGGGAGUGCUGGAGCCUAUACCAGCUGUCAACGGGCAGUAGGUGGGGUACACCCUGAAGUGGUUGCCAGCAAAACCCAGGGCACAAUGAGACAGGCAACAGUCACACUCGCAAUCACACCUAGGGGCAAUUUAGUGUUCAAUUAAUGUUGCAUGUUCUUGGGAUGUGUGAGGAAACCAGUGUGUGUGUGUGUGUUUCUUUCGGCGUCGCCACAGCGUGUCAUCUCAGAUGAACGCAUAUAUAUGUUUGGCACAAUUUUUUUUUUUUUUUACACCAGAUGCCCUUCCUGACGCAACCCUUCUCAGGGAGUGGAGGCCCCAGUGGGAUACGAAUCCACAACCCUUGGUUUACCAAACCAGUGCUCUAACCACUGAGCUACGCAGCCUCCCAAUGUGAGGAAACCAGAAUGCCUGGAGAAAAUCCAUGUAGGUACGGGGAAGAACAUGCGAACUCCACACAGCCAGGGCCGCGAUCGAACCUGGGUCCUCAGAACUGUGAGGCCAACACUUUACCAGCUGAUCCACCAUUCCGCCUAGACUAUUUAUUUUCAUGUUUAUUUUAGAUGUGUGCAAAAUGCACGACAGCUACACUAAACAUCCCAAUGUAAUCAUCUGACUGCUGGAUACAAUUAAACAUAAAAUUGUUAAAAAAAAAAAAUCAUGGCCAGACCAUUUCAAAUAGGGGCUACCUUUUUUAUUCUUUUGUUCUGCGCUGAACAAGGGCAAAGCCAGUUUAUUUAGCACUAUGAUUUAGUCUCUUUGAAGACAAUACGAAAUAGUUGGAACUCUUAACUCUGGUAAUUCUCUGCGCUCACAAACUGUAUACAUGGUCGCGACACCCCCUAAUUAUUUACAGUAUAUGUAAUUAUGCAUAGGAAAAAUCAGUUGAUAUAAGCUUCAGGUCACUUGUGCCCUAAUUGAUAAAAUAAUAAGUACUUUAUUAAUCUGGUUGGGGACAUCAAGUAUUUUUAGUGUGUAAAAAAUGAGGAGAAAAUGGACAUUUAAUAAUGCUGGGCUGAAAUGCAAGUCUUUACCCUGAUGCGAAAGUGUAGGCCAAAGGGGUCCUCAGUAUUUGUUGAUGAGGGAGGUCAUUUGAGUGCUAAUUUUAAAAAAAAUAUUAGGAGUGAAAUAUUCAUUUCACAUGCAACCAUCAAUCACACCACAGUCAACUCCAUCCACCCAUCCAUCCAUUUUCUUAUCCCCUUAUCCUCACAAGCGUCGCAGGAGUGCUGGAGCAUAUCCCAGCUGUCAUUGGGCAGGAAAUAGGGUCCACCCUGAAGUGGUUGCCAACCAUUCGCAGGGCACAUGGAGACAGACAACUGUCGCACUCACAAUCACACCUCAGCCCCACAGUCAACUUUGAAUAGCAAAUCUAUUCCAUGACUUGAUAUCACUAGUAACCUUUGAGUGACUGAACAGUCAAUACAUGUCUGUUCAAGAGUCUUAAGCACUUUUGGUUUUGAUGAGUCAUUAAACUUCAUGAAAUGUCCUUGUGUUCCUGCCUCUUUAGUUCUCAUGUUACAGUACAUCUUAAAGUUUUGUAAAAUACAUUCAGCACAAUUUAGUAAAUAACUACAAAACCAAUCUCAACAGAACUUUGCAUAAGUGUGGGCACGAGUAAAACUAAAAAUCUGGUUAAAAGUGUGGCGACAAUGUAUCUAAAUGUGUCUACCAUUUGAGUUACUCUGACAUGAAGGAAUAGUCCAACCCACAAUAAUAUUAGCACCUCACGUUUGUUAAUCAUACUCUCUGUACCAGAAAAUCAAAGCCAAAGGUCAAUUUAGUGAGUCAGAAUCUAACCUUCAAUGUACACUAUGCGUUUUGCAAAAUAAUACACAUGGAGGAGGAUAUAAUAUCAAAAUAUAUCUUGAGAAAAUCUGAAAUAGAGGUAAAAGGAACAUGGGCUUCAAAAUAAACUAUGAAUAAUGAAAAGGAAUACAUGAAUGUUUAAAAACUUGAACACAUUAAAAAUGUGAAUUUACACAAAACAUUGCAGAAAAAAACGAUAAUACAUUCAAACAACAUUGAAUGAAUCAAAACAUAUAUAUUACACACGCCUAUACAUUGACUUAUUUACUGUAAUACUAACUCUGUAAAUAAUAUUCAGUCUUUGGUCUAAGGAUUGCAAAAUAUUGGUGUCAUGAUCCUGCCGCUCCAGCCCAGGCUGUGCGGGUGCCAGCGCAGUUGCGCUGAUUGGGAGGCGCACACCUGCGCCUCAUGCGGGCUGAUUAUCCGGUGUAUUUAUAUGACCCCGAUGAUGACUGGUCCAUGCCAGUUCGUUGAGCUUCAUGUCCCGUUCGAGUACUCCUGUA